AUGAAAUCUCCCUCCGUUAAGCCCUCGGCAUACCCGCCGCUGCCAUUUCAUCUCAUCCGCUUUCUGAUCUUCCUCUCCUCAAUCGUCGUAGGCGUGAUCUUGGCAGUGUUUACCUACCAUCUCCACGCCGAUGGCUUCAAACUACCAUAUUCAUUCCUCGUGCUCUUCGUCUCAUCAGGCCUCUCCCUCCUCAACAUCCUCCUAACCUCAGUAAUCCACUGCAGCUGCGGCCUAUCAACAAAGCUCUCCAUAUCACUCAACAUCCUCCUAACAAUCCUCUGGGCCCUUUCUCUGGGCCUCCUGAGCUGGAGCAUAGCAAGUACAAUAACAACAACUUGCACAGCAGCCUACUGGGGAAAUUCGACCGGUAUCGCAGUGUGCAGAAGCUACAAAGCCCUCUUCACAUUCACCAUCAUCGGUCUGGUCUCCUACAUCGCCGCGGUAUGGCUGGACGUGGUCGUGCGCCGUCGCCAGACUCGUCUCGGCGUUUACGAUGCUAUGGGAUCACAGCCAGGCCUCGAUGACUCGGGCGCAUUCGAUGUCAAGAUGGAUGACCGCCACAGCGAGUCCACACCUGCCUUGCACGAUUAUGAUAAUGUGCCCCCUGCUAUGUCCGGUGGCUAUGGCCAGGGACAUCAGGGACAUGCGCCAGCGCCAGCGCCUCCGCUUUAUGAGCACAACUUAGAAUAUGCUCAUGCCGGUGACGCGCAGGAUUAUUAUGAUUCUGCGCCUGGCAUGAGUCACCGUGGUGCACCCAGAGUACGUUUUAGUGCCUACGAACAGGAUGGGCACCAGAGGCCUGCUGAGAAUACUGGGUAUGACCCUGCUAUGUAUCGCUGA